AUGGCACCAUUGAAAAUCCUCAUCAGCGGUGGAGGCAUUUCCGGCAACACGCUUGCCUUCUGGUUAUCCAGAUUGGGGCACAACGUCACCGUUGUAGAAUGGUUUUCCUGCCUCAGGAUAACCGGCUUACAGCUCGAUCUUCGUGGACACGGUGUUGAGGUCAUGAAGCGGAUGGGUCUUGAGCAGGCUUUCCGAUCAGUAAAAGCCCCUGAGCAAGGUUUCGAGAUCGUUGAUAAGAAUGGAAAAUGUCAGGCAUUUUUCCCUGCAAAUACGAGCGGAAAGGGUGUACAAGAUUUCACCACCGAGUGGGAAAUCAUGCGAGGCGAUUUGUGUCGCAUGAUAUACAACGAGACCAAAGAUGUCGCGAAAUACAUGUUCGGUACAUCGAUUGAAGAGGUUGAAAACAAUACGGAUGCUGUACACGUCCGCUUCACGGACGGACGGGAGGAUGAAUUCGACCUUGUUGUCGGCGCAGAGGGCCAGGGCUCACGUUUGCGCAAAAUGAUGAUAGGAGAGGAUGCGGAAUCGAAGGCCUUGACGCCACUCGGUGGUUACGUUGCUUAUUUCCGUAUCCCAAAAGAUAUGCAGCCAGGAGAGGAUUUCAGGGCGAAAUGGUACCUGGCUACCAACUCCCGCUUUGUGAUGACACGCAGACAUAACGAUCGCGAGAUGCAGGUGUACCUCAUUUGCACCAGUAGGGCCGAUGAGAUCGACAAAUCAUACCGGAGGGGAAUCUCAGAAGAGAAGAAGGCAUACCGAAAGGUUUUUGCGAACGCAGGGUGGAAGGUAGACGAGUAUCUCGAGGUGUUAGAAGCCACCGACGACUUCUAUUGCGAACGGGUCAGUUUCGUGAGAUUGAGUCCGUGGUCCCAGGGCAGAAUCGCCCUGGUCGGAGAUGCUGCCUACUGCCCGAGUGUCAUGACGGGAAUGGGGACCACGUCGGCCAUUGUGGGCGCUUACAUUCUGGCUGGCGAGAUUGGUAAGCGUUGUGCCCCGACCAAGGUUAGCACGCAUCAAGAUCUUGUUGAUGCGCUACAGGCGUACGAGAAAACAUAUCGUCCGUUCAUGGAUCAGGUUCAAAGGGGUCUGUCUGAGGGCGGUUGGGCAUAUUGGCCAACAAGCUCAUUUGGAAUUUGGAUUGUAAACCAUCUGGCAAGACUCGCUGCAGCUCUCAGGCUGAAUGUGGUUGGAGGCUGGUUCCUGCGUGAGAAGGUCGACAAUUGGCAGCUCCCCACGUAUGAGGUAGAGGAAAGGAGCGCUUAG